AAGCGGUUCCGUCUGGGCCGAGAAAUUUCCGGGCGUGGGAGAAAGCGCAAGUGUGGCCCGGUCGGGAACUGGAGGAAAGAAGCUUUUGGUGGAAAAGAGAUCAAAUCGAACCUCCAUCGAAAUAAUUGAUCCCAGAGUCACCAAUUGAUUGCGCUUCCCCAUCGCAUCGCAAUCAAUCCUUAUUUAAGGGCUCAGGACACGACUCACCCUCCAGUUCUUCAAGAUGCUUUCAAGGGUAGCACGACCGGCUCUGAGAGCUGGAGCUGCGGCUAUUCCUGCUCGUGCCGCCAACAAUGGAGCAGCUGGCUACGCUACCCUACGAGAAAUCGAAGGUCGUCUAAAGUCUAUCAAGAACAUCGAGAAGAUCACCAACACCAUGAAGAUCGUGGCCUCCACCAAGUUGACCCGUGCCCAACGUGUCAUGAACGACUCGCGAAAGUACGGCCAGACCUCAAACGAAGUCUUCGAAUCCGCCGAGACUAAGCCCCUCGAGGGUGAGGGCAAGAAGACCUUGUACAUCGUGUGCAGCUCCGACAAGGGUCUCUGCGGUGGUGUUCACUCCGGUCUCACGCGUUUUAUGCGCCGACGACUAGCUGCCAGCGACCAGCCUGCCGACCUGAUCCUCAUCGGAGAGAAGUCCAGGGCCCAGCUCAGCCGUACGAACGCCAAGGACAUCGUCCUCAGCUUCGCCAGUAUUGGAAAGGAUAUCCCGACCUUCACCGAUGCCCAGGCCAUCGCCGACCAGGUUACGCAGCUUCCUACUGACUACACCGACAUCAAGAUUGUGCACAACAAGUUCAUCAACGCUACCAGCUACGAACCCAUAAUCAUCGAGGCUUUCUCCGAGGAGGCCAUUGCCAACUCCCCCAACUUCUCCGCCUUCGAGGUUGACGAGGAGCUUCUGUCUAACCUCCGGGAAUACGCCCUAGCUAACUCUCUCUACUGGGCUCUUGCCGAGGGACACGCCUGCGAGAUCUCUGCCCGACAACAGGCUAUGGAUAACGCCUCCAAGAACGCUGGCGAGAUGAUCAGCAAGUACCAGAUUCUUUUCAACCGAACUCGUCAAGCCGUCAUUACAGGCGAACUGGUCGAAAUCAUCACUGGUGCCACCGCCUCGGAGGACAUGUAGAGCGGGUGAUAGAAAAAUAGAUGGGGUGGUGAAUGAUCCAAUCGCAUCUUCCCUUUGUAUCAAAGUACCCUAAGCAAAACCUCGGCGCUGUCGCCUUGGAUGUAUCAAUUCAACGAACUAGUUCCUCAGCCUUACUUGCCCUCUUUGUCCUCUUUGUUUUAUGUGACGCAGUUCUGUAUUUGACUGAAACAUCAACUUACUCCUGAAGCAGUGCUUGGAGGCUUUCUACGUGAGUUA